AUGGUGAUGAGAACCCAGGGGAAUGUUUACCACCUCAAAUGCUUCAGCUGCACCACGUGUCGGAACAGACUAAUGCCUGGAGAUCGCUUCCACUUCAUCAACGGAUCCAUCUUCUGUGAACACGACCGACCAGGAAGUCUGCUGACCAAUCACCUGCCUCUGCAGGGCGCCGCCCUGCUGGCCGACCAGAAGGUUUGUUGA